AUGGCAGAUGUUGUUGGUGCUUUUCUCAUGAUGGAUAUGGCUCACAUCAGUGGACUUAUUUCUGCUUCUGUUGUUGCUAAUCCUUUUGAGUAUUGUGACAUUUCUCUCAGGGGUCCUAGAGGCGGCAUGAUCUUUUUCAAGAGGGAUCCUAUUCUGGGGGUUAAUCUAGAAUCUGCCAUUAACAAUGCUGUUUUCCCAAGUUUACAAAUUUGUAAUUCCCGGUUUUACCGAGCUCUUGCAAGCCGCUUGAUGGAGUUGGGAUACACCCUAGUCUCGGGAGGCAGUGAUAACCAUUUAGUUCUUGUAGAUCUCCGGCCCUUGGGAAUUGACGGUGCUAGAGUGGAGAAAAUUCUUGAUUUGGCAUCCAUCACCCUCAACAAAAAUUCAGUACCUGGUGAUAAAAGUGCACUAGUACCUGGUGGAAUACGCAUAGGAUCACUUGCUAUGACUACCAGAGGUUUCAAUGAAGAUGAGUUUGUGUGCGUUGCAGACUUUAUUCACGAGGAU